GUAAGGAAAGACGCAAACCACCAUUAAACUGGCUUCGUAAUAGACGGUUAUUACUUGGCCGGAUUUCUUUAUUACGGUAGAUGCUACUGUAAGGACUUGGCACGAAACAGGAUAAUCCCACCAUGCAGCAGCAGUCAGUAAUGGAAGAGGGAACGGCCUAUGAGCCACCUACCUAUGAUGAGACAUUCCCAGUACUUCCUGAGUCAGCUAGUUCAAGUUCAGGGAAAUUUAAUAUUUUCUCCAUAAAUAAUAAUCUACAACUAGGACGCAUAACAAUCACCCAGAUAUUUCGUGUACCUGGGGAGGAACGCAAAUUCGAUCAUAGCGACAAGUUUGGUGAACGUGAAUCUAUUCGUACAUGUAAAACAAUAAUGAAAGAGACAAAUACAAUCAUUGAGAUAGCAUCAUCGAAGGAUCAAUCUCUUACAUUCCUCAUAACUGGCAAGCAGAAUCAGGUUUUGGAAGCAAAACGUCGAAUUUUAACGACUUUUCAGACUCAGGCAAGUAAACAAAUUAGCAUUCCUAAGGACCACCACCGUUGGAUUCUUGGAAAGCAGGGGCAGCGUCUUAAAGAUUUAGAGAAGACGACUGCAACCAAGAUAAAUGUUCCGCCUGUGCAAGAUCAGUCAGACAUAAUAACAAUUACAGGAACGAAAGAGGGAAUAGAGAAAGCUGAACACGAGAUUAAAAUCAUUUCAGACGAACAGUCAAGAAAGGCGUUCGAGCGAAUAUCGGUGCCAAAAAUAUAUCAUCCGUUUAUACACGGGGCGAAUAACGAGAAUCUUAAUGCCAUGAUGGCAAAAACUGGAGUUCGAAUUAAUAUUCCUCCUACUUCUGUGCAGGAAGAUGAUAUUACUAUUGCUGGUGAAAAAGAAGGGGUUCUAACAGCAAAACAAACAAUUGAAGCAAUCUACAGAGACAUGGAGAAAAGAUGCACUACAGUGUCCGUCGAAGUACCGAAGUCACAGCACAAGUAUGUUAUUGGCCCGCGUGGUACUACAAUAGCGGAGAUAUUGCAAGUGACUGGUGUAAGCGUCGAAAUGCCUGCAACGGAUUCACCCACGGGUACUAUUACUCUUCGAGGACCUCAAGAAAAACUUGGUCAAGCAUUGAAUAAAGUGUACGAAAAGGCGAACAGCGUUCGUACAGCUGUCGUAAAGGCACCUGUUUGGAUUCAUAAAUACAUAAUAGGAAGGAAAGGCGUAAAUAUUAAACGUAUAACGCAAGAAAUGCCAAAAGUGAAUGUGGAAUUUACCGGCAAGGAAGACAAAAUUAAAAUUGAGGGUCCACCGGAAGAAGUAGAGAAAGCACAAAACGAGCUCCAAUUGAUGGCUAGUGAUCUAAUAUCGAAGCUCACUUUCACAGAAUUAAAUGUCGAUCCUAGAUUUUAUAAACAUAUUAUUGGAAAAAACGGAUGCAAUGUGAACCGGGUAAAAGAAGGAACGGGUGUUGUUAUUAAUAUUUCGGAGAAUGAUGGUAGCAAUAUUAUCCGUAUUGAAGGGAAUCUUGCGGGUGUAAUGAAAGCUCAAACGGAGUUAGUAGAGAUGGUAAAGAAAUUGGAGAAUGAAAAAGAAAAAGAUGUGAUUAUAGAUCACCGUUAUUAUCCUAGUAUUAUCGGAAAUAAAGGGGAUAAUAUUAAAGAAAUCCGAGAUAAGUUUAAUCAAGUACAGAUUACUAUUCCUGGCCCAGGCGAGAAGGGAGACAUAGUAAAAAUUAGAGGGCCUAAGGAAGAUGUAGAUAAGUGCCAUAAAUAUUUAAUGAAGUUGGUGAAAGAAUUGAACGAGAGUAACUAUGUGCUAGAGGUACCUAUUUUUAAACAAUUCCACAAAUUUGUUAUUGGAAAAGGUGGAGUAAAUAUUCGUAAGAUUAGGGAAGAAACGCAAACAAAAAUCGAUUUACCUGCUGAAGGCGAGAAAAGUGACGUUAUAACGAUUACAGGGAAGAAAGAGAAUGUGGAGAAAGCUAAAGAAAUGAUUCAAAAAAUACAGAAUGAAUUGGCUAAUAUUAUUACGGAUGAGAUAGUAAUUCCGCCAAAGUUUUAUAAUUCUCUUAUUGGCACUGGUGGAAAAUUGAUUCAUUCUAUCAUGGAGGAUUGCGGUGGUGUUGCAAUUAAGUUCCCUACCGCGGAAAGUCGAAGCGAUAAGGUAACUAUUAGGGGGCCAAAAGAAGACGUCGAAAAGGCAAAGCAACAGUUGUUGGAACUUACAAAUGAAAAGCAAUUGUCUAGUUACUCGGCUGAAGUUCGUGCCAAAGUACAACAUCACAAAUUCCUAAUUGGGAAAAAUGGUGCCAAUAUUAGAAAGAUAAGAGAAUCGACUGGAGCACGUAUUAUAUUCCCAACAGACGAAGAUCAAGAUAAAGAAGUAAUUACUAUUUUGGGAAAGAAGGAGGCUGUUGAGAAAGCAAAAGCUGAAUUAGAAGAUACAAUCGAAGAAAUUAAUAAUAUUACCGAACGUGAAAUCCGUAUCGACCCGAAGCAUCACCGACAUUUCGUAGCACGUAGAGGUGGGGUGUUGCAUCGUAUCGCAGACGAGUGUGGAGGAGUACAAAUUUCAUUCCCGAGGGCAGGCGUUGACAGCGACCGCGUAAUUUUGAAAGGGUCAAACGAAUGCAUAGAGGCCGCGAAGCAACGAAUGCGAGAAAUUGUGCAAGAAUUGGAGUCAAUGGUAACCGAGGAAUGUAUAAUACCUCAAAAGCAUCAUCGUACCGUCAUGGGGGCAAAAGGGCGUAAAGUACAACAGAUCACUUCCGAAUAUGAUGUACAAAUCAAAUUCCCAGAUCGCGAUACAUACGAUGACCAACGCGAAGCAAAACAAAUGAAUGGUGAAAAUGGAGAAGUUGCGGACACAGUUCCAGCUUGUGAUAUUAUUCGCAUUACAGGACAACCGGAAAAUGUUGCAGCUGCUAAACAAGCGCUGCUCGACUUAGUACCAAUCACGAUAGAGGUAGAAGUACCGUUCGAUUUGCAUCGUUCUAUAAUAGGACAGAAAGGUCGUGACGUACGAGAAUUAAUGUACGUGCAUGAUGUUCAUAUCAUGUUAUCUCCAGCGGAAGAAAAACUUGAUUAUAUCAAGAUUUCUGGCACACCUGCAUGCGUUGAAAAUGCAAAGCAGGCUAUUCUAGAAAAGUGCAAAGCAUUGGAGGCUGAACGACAAGAUAGGGCACUGAAAUCAUUCGAAUUAAAGCUCGAAGUUAAUCCAGAGUACCAUCCAAAAAUAAUUGGACGAAAGGGAGCCGUAAUUAAUAAAAUACGGAGCGAUCAUGACGUACAAAUCAAUUUUCCACGGAAAGGUGAUCCCGAGGAACAUAUCAUUACAAUCACUGGUUAUGAGAAGAAUGCUUACAGCGCGCGGGAUGAUAUUAUGAAAAUCGUUAAUGAAUUAAACGGCUUGACAAAGGAGAAGGUAGACAUAGAUUUUCGUGUGCACGCGCACUUGAUUGGCUCAAAAGGUAGAAAUAUUCGUAAGAUCAUGGAUGAAUUCACAGUUGAUAUUAAAUUCCCUCGAAGAACCGACCCCGAUAAAAAUCUCGUAACGAUCGUGGGUACGGAAGACAACGUAGCCGACGCGAAAGAUCGUUUAUUAAAUUUAGCUGAAGAAUAUAUUCAGGAUGUUUCAGAAACAGAGUCUUCUCAUAUUUGGAUGCAAUCUGGUGGUGCUGGUACUAAUCAGGACGCUUCGACAGGGUUUGUUGUUGUCGGUGGUCCAUGGGAGCAGCAACCACAGAGCGCUCCAAAUACCGCCAGUGUAGAGGAAUUUCCUCAAUUUGCUGGUUACUCUCAUGUACCUGUGACAAACCCCGACGGUCCUUGGGGCGUUAAACGUUAAACAAAGUAAAGCGAAUGCAAAAAAAAACAAACAAAAAAAAUCGAUGAAUUAUAAGGUAACAACCGCAUAAUAACUUUCCUCUGACAAAACAAUAUGAAAGGGUACGCGCAUUAAGUGCUGAGUGGUUCCCUGUUUCAUUACUGAUGUUGCUGCAUACGACCUGGCCACUCUAUUGGACUCUGACACUGGUUUACUACAUAAUGUUUGACGAUGGUGUUUAUAUUUACAGUUCAUAUACCAAUAUCCGAAUGUAUCUGUAACUGUAACGCAUGAUAUUUUAAGUUUAUUGCCAUGUAGGAACAUAAUACAAAAACCGCGCGCUAUCCACAUACACGGAAAACGGCAGAUACAUAUACACACAGUUAGAUGCAAAAUGUUGGCCAAUUGUAUUCAUAACGGAAACAUCUAAUUUUACAUUUUACUUCGGCUGAUAUGCCUUUCAGGUACAGAUAUGUUGUACUUAAGACUGUGGCUUCGUAGGAACGAAUAAUGUUCUAUUGCCCAUUACAUAUGCAGUGUGUUCAGUAAGUUAUGGUGCAUUCGAGAAGCGAAAGAUUCUACGUACGAAAACACACACGGUAAAUGUAAAAUUAAAUUACGCUAUAGGAGUCAUCAUUUGCAAACUGUGCACUUGAACACCAUUUAACACACACCAAGCCUGUCACAUUCAAGAGUAGGACAUCCAGAGAAAUUUUUUUUUUUCGGUUGUGCUACGAUUUACCGGACAUCCUGUAUAUAUAUUUCUCAGAUUGUCUCUAUCCUGUGUAGAUUGCGUGGCUAAACGUUUCAGCGUUUAACCGGGCAUAAUGUUUUUUUUUUGUUAAUUUAUUUAUAUUUUUUUUGUACAUAAAUUGCAUUUUCUUUCGUUUUUGUUGUGUUGGACUUCAGUGGAAUGGAUUUUGAACCACGUCACUAUAUUAGAAUUCUAUACACGGAACCGUGUGUGAAACGUGAAGCUUUAAGGUCUUUCUAAGGAAAACGUUCCUAGAUAUACAGAGUGCCCCAUGUAACUGAAAGCCGUGGAA